GUGGCUUGAUGGGAGUUGGAGUCGACAUGGAAUCAGUACUUCCUGCUUUGUCAAGGGAGAACAAGAAAUUUCGGCUGUUAACUAAAAAGUUGUUUGCCUGGCCAACCACAAUACCUCGAACAGACAGAAGUGAACACGGAGGCAGAAUGUCCUUGAUGGAGCAUGGGGGAGUCCGGCCAAUUACAGCAGUGGCGUGGACCUCCAACACCAGCACCUGCCCCAAAGACUUCACCCUGAUCAGCAUCACAGAAGACGGAGCAACGGCGAACUUCACACGCAGCUUUGGGAUGAAGUCUGGAUAUUACAUCUGUUACAGCAAGGACCUGUCGGGUGGUAUGGUAGUGUCAGACAUUCAGCUCAUGUCAGACAAGGACUCUAUUCCUCAUGGUUACUGCUAUAUAGCAGAGCACCUUGAACCGAAGGCCUCUGUUUCAAAGAAGAAACGUGUGUGUGUACGCGUCGUCCCGGUGGGCAGUGUGGACACAGCUGUGUUGGAUAUCAAACUGACAGCCAAAAGCAAAAUGAUGCUGCAGCACUACACAUACGUGGGAGACAUCCAUGGCUACGUGUUGUGGUGCAGAAAGGGCCAUUUUUCCAAUCCCAUGCCCAUAGCCAAGCCCCGCAGUGUCAGUCUGGACCUCCGCAGACUCUCACUGGAACAGCCGUCUGCUCCUCUGCCUCUCAGACCCAGCAACCCUCCUCCGCUGCCACAUAGCAAAGUCAGUCAGAGACGCAGCAGCCUUUGCGCCAAGGACAACCUGGACAAACCCGCUGACAGCAGUAUGCAGGGAAUCACAGCUCUAGAUGGAGUUCCCUUUAGCCUUCACCCAAAGUUUGAUGUCCAGGCAAACGGCGCGACUCCUCAGCUGAACUCUCAGUUAAACAACAUUCGUAUCAAGUCUCUCCAGGACAUUGAAAAUGAGUAUAGCUACACUUUCGUCGUGGAGGAAUCUGCUGCCAAGAGGACCAGGCCAUCAGUGACAACAGGAGCUGCCUCGUCAGCUCAGUGAUCUUUGCACUUUGCCAGAGCAAAAGUAUCAGAUCUCAGCUGUCUCAUUCUGUCCCAAGGAGGCCUUUUAGGAAGACAUCUCACAUGACGGUACAGAUGAAGGAUGAUCAUUUAUAAUAUGAAGCUCCAGGUGGAAAGGUUUUACCAUAACAAGGUCACUUAAAAGCUCAUCUUCAAGCACUACCCUUCUACAUGAGACUAAUAUCAUACUUAAGAGCUGGUUUGACUGCGUGGAUGUCAUGUCACAAUCUUCUUUUCAUUCCUUUCCAAUGUUUCUGUCAAUCUUAUUUAGAAUUACAAUCAAACAUUCCAUGUUUCUAUUUGCCAAAGGAAACAACUGUUUAAAUGGGAUCAUACAUGUAAUUAUAUUGUCAUAACAUGUCUUUAUGCUGCUCACCUUUUGUGAGAACACAGACUUUAAAGGCAUAACAAUGUUUAAGAUAUAUUAUUAUAUAUUGAAUCUUUAGAGCAUCUGCUGUUUUGAGGGCUACUCAUCUGCAGCAUUAAGCCCGUCGUCUUUGCUUUUACAUGCUUAAUUUAAAACUGUAGACAAAUUAUGUGCUAAACAAUGCUUUGAUAUAUCAUAAAGAUGCACUUGCCAUUGAAUGUCGAGUGCUACUUGCUCUGUUGUAUGUUAGCUGAUAUUCUUGAGUGCUACACAUCUUGAAUUGUUUGAAUCAAUAAGAAGCUAUAAAUAUUGAGUCAGCGCUCUCUUGGUGGAUAAACUUUGCUGCAGAUGAUGUUCAGCUGAACUCAGUAGAUACAAUAACAUAUAAAUGUAGGAUAUAGUGUAGGUCAUGUAUUAAGAGUAGCUCAUUAUCAUGUUUGCAUUAUUCCAAAAGAUAAUAUAUCCUAUUUUAAGGUGAAUGGAGGAAGGUUGUAUAUUUUGCUCUGUUUGUUACUCAUAGAAAGACGAGAUAUGUGGGAAUAAAUGGGAAAGAGUCUUUUUUUUUAAAACUGUCUGGUGGCGUAAGGACCAAAUAUUUAUCUAUUACAUUGUACAAUAUAUAAAGAUAUGUUUUGUUUUUGUUGUUUUUAUGGUCUGUAUUGAACUUUUACUGCAUGGACGAAAAAAUAAAAAUCUAAGGAAACAUUA